AUGGAGUUGCCUGAUUUUGUUCUGAUGGCAGCUAGUAUCGUAGGCUUCAUUGCUAUCUGUAAACCCCUCGUCGGUCUUGUGAAAUGGGUGUGGGCGAUGUUCUUAAGGCCUCCAAAGAAUCUGAAAGAAUAUGGCUCGUGGGCUCUCGUCACUGGCUCCACUGAUGGGAUAGGCAAAGCCAUGGCGUUUGAAUUGGCAUCAAAGGGUCUUAGCUUGGUGCUAGUGGGUCGAAACCCUUCUAAACUCAAAGCUGUGUCGAGUGAGAUACGGGAAAGGCAUGGUGAGCAAGUUGAAGUUAAAAGUAUUGUCAUCGACUUUGCAAAGUUCAGCGGGGAGGAGAUAGCGGCAUUUAUAAAGGAAGGAAUAGAAGGGAUAGAUGUCGGUGUUUUGAUUAAUAAUGUGGGCUUGUCAUACCCUUACGCUAGGUUCUUUCAUGAGGUUGACUUGGAGUUGAUGGGAAGUGUCAUGAGAGUGAAUAUAGAAGGAGCAACUUGGGUCACCAGAUCAGUGCUUCCAGGCAUGCUUGAGAAGAAAAAAGGGGCAAUUAUCAACAUUUGCUCGGGUUCUGUUCUGCUUCCAUCUUACCCAUUAGUCACCCUUUACGUUGCUGCCAAAGCGUACAUAGCAAUGCUGUCAAAAUCUCUUAAUUUGGAGUAUCAGCAAUAUGGAAUCGCUGUUCAGUGCCAGUUUCCAUUAUUUGUGGCAACAAAGAUGAUAUUCACAAAGAGGUCUUCCUUCUUCGUUCCAUCGCCAGAGACAUUCAGCAAGGCAAGCAUACGGUGGUUUGGAUAUGAGCAUGUAUGCGUGCCCUAUUGGCCACAUUGUGUGCAGUGGUGCCUUCUACGUCUACUACCAAAUGCAUUAUGGGAUUGGUGUGUCCUGCGACACUUUCUUGGGGUGCGAAAGAGAGGACUGGUGAAUGCCUACAAGAAAAAUGGGGUGAAUCAAAAGAACCCAUGAGUUGUGUGCAUCCCUCCUUUAAACCAGCUGCAUUUGAAUUGAUUUCUGUGUUGAUCAUAUGAAAACA